CAAAGUAGGAGAAAAAUACACGAGUCGUAAAUUGAUAAGAAUUGUAACCUUGAAAACGUUUAAUAACAGUUUAGAAAAAGUUUUGCAGUUUAUCAGAAGUCUAAUUAUAUAUUCUAAAAAGCAGAACAAUAAAAAGAAGUGAUGAGUUUGCAGUCAUGGGUUUAAAUAAAUGAAGUAUAAAUAAAAAGGUUUUCCACCGACUCUUGGAAUUGCUGGAUCGAAAACUUUUCUAAUAUUGGUCGUCCAGGGGCCCACUGCUCGAAUAUGAACUGAAAGAUGGUUUUCAUUAGGACUUGAGGAUAGGGUGAAAGGAUGAAAUUCGUUCGCGUUCAGUUCCGAACAUGCAAUCCGCACCCAUUGUCCUGAUUUGUAUGUGAAGUCGUGAGGUUUCUUGAAUUUUAGCAGAGUCACCUCUGGAACAUAGAGAAAUAAGGUUAGCAAACAAAAUAUCAUCCCUAUAAUGUAAAGAAAACGUUUUCUUCCGACACCAUCAUGGAUCUUCCCAAGAACCGAAGAAACCUUACAGAGCAAAUUCCAGUUGAAAUCAUGUUAUAUUAAGUAUAAAGUUAAAUAGUACAAUAGUUAAUGCAUCGUUAGUCAAUUCUCAAUGUGAUAAGGAACUUAUAUCCUAAUAGAUUAUAAAUUUUUAAAAACGCUUAAUUAUUAGAAUAAUAUGGAAAACUAAAGAUUUUAAGAAGUAAUUCAAUGUUAUUGAUGUUGACUAGUACAAAGUUUAAGAAUUCAAAUUCGCAUUUGCAUUGCAUUGAAUUCAAUAUUCGUUUAUUGAAUUAUUUAAGCCUUUUCAUGCCAGAUGAAGAAGAAUCACCCUCUAAACGUAUUUAGAUUUUAGGAACGAUUUGUUUUAAAACUAAGUUACCAAAAGUAUUUGUUAUUAUAUGAAAAGCAAAGACUGAUAAAUAGUUGUGAAACCAAAAUGUACACUUUAAGACGCAAAAUUUUGUGGUUCGCCCUAUCAAGUCGUCUCUUCCUGAUUUUUCUCCAAGCAGUCGCCAAUAAUUUGAUACCGGAUCACAAGGCUGAUGCAUUCACAAGUCCAAUUCUGGAUACUAAUACUACUUCUUAUGGAGACAUGUUAAUCCAAAAGACUUUGGGUGGUUUUAAUAGAUGGGAUGCCCAGUAUUUUAUGCACAUAUCCCAAUAUGGAUACACUUAUGAAAAUACAUUGGCAUUUUUUCCAUUGUAUCCAUUGGUAGUCAGAGUUGCUGCAGAAGUUGCAAAGGUGUUCCUAGGAAACUUUUUGGCUUAUCAUAGUACGCUUUUGUUAUCAGCGGUUUUGCUGAAUGUAUAUUUUUUUACAAAAGCUGCCCUCACAUUACAUCAAUUAACAUUAGUUGUACUAGGGGAUGAAAAACUGGCAUACAUAUCUUCAAUAUUAUUCUGCGUAAAUCCUGCCAGCAUUUUUUUUUCUGCGCCAUAUUCAGAAAGUGUGUACGCUUGGUUGAGUUUUGCUGGAAUGCUGCGAUGUCUGGAUAAAACCGAUAUAAGAUUCGGCAACAUUGCUAUAACAACUGCUGUACCAUUUGGAUUAUCCUGCGUUGCUAGAUCUAACGGUCUUCUAAAUAUCGGAUUCAUAUUGUAUCAUUGGACACGAAAUGGCGUCCAAAAAAUGUGGCCAGAAGUUGUAAAUAGAUACAGAACUUUAAAAACUAAAUGGGUUACACCUUUAUUAGUUCUUCCGUUUGUGGCAGCUUCUAUACAGAUAAUUAUCACUUUGCUGGUUACUUUAGCGGUUUAUGUCUUAGUGCAGAUUUAUAACUACAGACAAUUUUGUACCAGAACAACAUUGGUAUUACCAGAAUUUUUGGUUCAAUAUGCGGAAUCAAAUAAGUUUGUUAUGCCAGGCUAUGGAAUGCCCCCUUGGUGUGAUGAAGAAUAUCCAAUCGCUUAUUCAUAUGUACAAUCACAUUAUUGGAAUGUUGGAUUUAUGCGUUAUUAUAAAUGGAAACAAAUACCUAAUUUUUUGUUAGCAUUUCCAUUAAUAUCUAUAAUAUUAUGGAACACAUGGAAAUUCAUCAAGCAGCAUUCAGGAUUUUGUCUACGCCUUGGAAUUUUUCCAAACAAAUAUCAGGAUAUAACUAAAAAGCGCCCAAUUGUAAAACCAUUGUAUUCUACAGAGAUGUUUGUGUAUUAUGUACAUGCAACAGCUUUGGUUAUUUUCUGUUUACUAUUUGUUCAUAUCCAAGUUACAACCAGACUGGUAUGCUCUGCGAGUCCAGUUCUGUACUGGUCUUGUGCUUAUAUGUUCAAUUCGAAGUUAACAGAUAAAAAUCCAACAAGUAUUAGAACUACAGUCAUUGGACAGAACCAAAGGACCAUGAGUUUUGAUUUUGAGAACCUCGAUAAUAUGUACAGCAAAUGGAAGACUUUUUUGAUAACAGAAAGUUUAUCGGGACGAGAAUCCUUGAUCAGAUGGUAUUUUUUGAGUUAUUUUGUCAUCGGAACUAUCUUGUUCUCUAAUUUUUAUCCUUGGACUUAAUAGGUCGGAGAAAAACUCAUAUUUGCAUAUUGUUGAAAUAUGUAGAUGAAACGUUCUUUUACAAACCGUACAUAACUUUUUUGCAAAUAAAUUAUAAGCUAUUAUGACUUUAUAAAAACAGAAGAAACAAAUAAUUGUAAAACAUUGGACCAAAGAAUUUUUGUUGUAAAUUUGUAGUACAAAAAUUAGUCAAAUUAUAUAAAUAAUAUAAGACCUUAGUUAAAUUGAUAUGUGCGAUAAAAAGCUAAAUCC